AUGUACUCAAUAACUUAGUUCAAAAAUUUUUAGCAAUUAAGUUUUUAUCAUAAGCAAUUGGCUGUGAAUAAAAAUAAUUACUAGAGUUUGUCAAAAUUUCACUUCAUGUAAUCCAAUCAAUUAAAAAGGAUUGAGCAUUUAACAAUCUCUCACUUAUUCUACUCAAUAAGGAGUUUACGAUGA